AUGAAGAUAGCGCUCGGAACGGUCAACGCGUAUAUAUACGGGUACAUUUCACCGACCGAGCAACAGUACUCUUUCAACCUUCAAAACAUCAAGACUUCAGAAAUCAACACACUCUGCCGUCUAUUGAAGGAUAAGAGGAGAACGACCGACACCGAAGAGGAACGCCGCGACCGCCACAACCGGACACCGCUAGUGAAGACUGCCCCAAGCUCGACCGGUUCAGUCCAGACCAUCGGACGACGACAUAACCAGCCGCCGACAACGCCGACGGAUCAAGACAGUGGAGCGGGGCUGACCCGAUACGAAGCAGCGAUACGAACUCUUGGCUACCAACCAUCGUCCAAGGAGCCGACGACUAUCCUCAAGUCCACCAACCAACCCGGAGUGCGUCAAAGAGGAGUCAAAGAACCACGCAUCAGCCCGUAUACUCGGUGGAAAUUUAAACGGUCCUUUUCAGGGCCACCCACGACGCACAGUCAGUCCCCCCAAGCGCGCCUGCCUAGGCCACGCUUUCCGCCCGGGCCUAGUGAUCAACGCCACUUUUUCGAGCGGGCUGAUCAUAGCCACCCGGGCCGUCCCGAUAAUGUAUAA